UUGAAGAAACCGCUACCCACCUCUUCCUGAGCUGCCAGUGGGCUAGACAAGUCUGGUUCCUCUCCUCUUUGGCUAUUAAAUCUGGAGAUGUUACCAUGACUAUGGACAAUUGCCUGCUGCACAUGAAAGAAGAAGUAAACGCUGACAAUAUGGCUCAGGUAGCUAUGAUCUGCUGGAGUAUAUGGAAGGCUAGAAAUGAUAAAAUUUUCAACAAGAUAGCUCCUGAUUCAAGUAAAACUGUGGAGCUCGCGAUCAACAUGAGAACAGAUUGGCUGAGUCAUCAACCUCCAUCUACUAGAACCAGCUCUGUGCCAUCUGAUCCUUCUUGGACUCUCCCACCUACUGGUUUUAUGAAACUAAACUUUGAUGCAGGUUGGUCAGGGGAAAUGGGCUCGGGUUUUGGCAUGGUAAUCAGAGAUGAUGAGGGGCGUUUUCAAAUUGCUGCAACACACUAUGAGGAUUGCAUAUUGGAGCCCUUAAUAGCUGAAGCUUGUUGUCUUAGAUGGGCUCUAAAUUUGGCUGUCAAUUGGGAGCUUGAUGGUCUUGUCGUUGCUUCAGAUUGCCAACAACUGGUUAAGGCUUUUCAUUGCCCUGCUGAUUUCCCCUCUCUAAGGCACAUUCUUUUGGAUUGCCAUCAGAUGGUUAAUAGUUAGAGUAGAUUCUCUUGUAUUUUCGAGUAUAGGAAAACAAACAGAGUUGCUCAUGAGUUAGCUGCUGAGAGUCACUUGUACAAAGACUGCAAUUGGUGGGGUGAUCCCCCUGUGGGUAUCCUAUUACACCUGGCAGCGGAUUUUCCUGAUUAAUGAAUUUACAUUGUUAUCAAAAAAAAAAGAGUUAAUAAAAGAAUGAA